GCUUUCUAACGCCGCGCAGGGUUCCCGGGAAAGGCACGUGCGCGGCUGAAUGGAGCUGGUCGCCGGUAGCUAUGAGCAAGUCCUUUUCGGAUUCACAGUACAUCCGGAGCCUCGGGCGAGUGGCGACAAAGAGCAGCAGCAAUGGACUCCUGUGGCUGACUUCACUCAUCAUGCUCACACGGCCUCCUUGUCAGCAGUGGCUGUGAAUAGUCGUUUUGUUGUCACUGGGAGCAAAGAUGAAACAAUUCACAUUUAUGAUAUGAAAAAGAAGAUAGAACAUGGAGCCCUAGUACAUCACAAUGGUACAAUAACUUGCCUGAAAUUCUAUGGCAGCAGGCACUUAAUCAGUGGAGCAGAAGAUGGACUCAUUUGUGUCUGGGAUGCAAAGAAAUGGGAAUGCCUCAAGUCAAUCAGAGCUCACAAAGGACAUGUGACCUUCCUUUCUAUACAUCCAUCUGGCAAGUUGGCCCUGUCUGUUGGUACAGAUAAGACAUUAAGAACUUGGAAUCUUGUGGAGGGAAGAUCAGCCUUCAUAAAAAAUAUAAAACAAAAUGCUCACAUAGUAGAAUGGUCCCCAAGGGGAGAGAAGUAUGUAGUUGUUAUACUGAAUAAAAUAGACGUCUAUCAGCUUGACACUGCAUCCAUUAGUGGCACCAUCACAAAUGAAAGAAGGAUUUCUUCUGUUACCUUUCUUUCAGACUCUGUCCUUGCAGUGGCUGGAGAUGAAGAGGUUGUCAGGUUUUUUGACUGUGAUUCACUAGCGUGCCUCUGUGAAUUUAAAGCACAUGAAAACAGGGUAAAAGACAUUUUCAGUUUUGAAAUUCCKGAGCAUCAUGUUCUUGUUACAGCAUCAAGUGAUGGUUUCAUCAAAAUGUGGAAGCUAAAGCAAGAUAAGAAAGAUCCCCCAUCUUUACUCUGUGGAGUGAACACAAAUGCCAGGCUGACGUGUCUUGGAGUAUGGUUAGACAGAGGAACAGACACAAAAGAGAGGCCUCCUCCAGCAGCAGAGCCUUCUUCUGUUGAUACAGAACAGUCCAAGAUCAGCAAAAAGGAAUCUGGUGAYAUGGUGCAGCAAGAAGACACAUUAAAACCUAACUCAAAGAAAUGUGGUUUAAGUGGUGACAGUAAUAAGCCAGUGAAAGGAAAYAGCCUGUCAGCCAGGAAGAGGAAGMUGGUAGAAAUGCAAGAAAAGAAGAAGAGAAAAAAGAAAAUAUAACUGAUGCACUGAAUCCCAGAUUGAUUGAGUCCCAAAAGAACUCCUUUUUUAAUGGAAUCAUCUUUUAAAUAUAUCUAAAUAUUAUUUUUUUCUGAGUAAAGGCAAGGAAUUUCUUUUUCUGGAGAAAAUGUACAGCUUGGAAAACCACUUUUAGGUGUUUUUUUUUUUUUAAUGUGCUAAAAUUAUUUUUGGCACCUUUGGCCUACAUGUUAUU